AUGUGUGCGUCUGGCGAAGGCAACAGGGGCCGAAGUGUCAACGUGUGGCUGCAAUCCACCUCCGCAUUCACUCCACGCGCACGCCGCUAUACGCGACGCUGCCGAGCGCAUCGCCGCCGGUCCCUCCCUCACUUCCUGUGCCUGUUCUCAGCCCGCCGCUUCUCAGUCCACUUCUGCCGCAGCCCCUCUUCUCUCGGUCUAGAGAUCCGUCCGGGCGCGGCAGCCUCGCUUUCGUUUCGGUAAGCAAUCAUACUCGAGCUUGCUUGGAUUCCCUAGUCCGAAGGGCUUUGUUGGCAAUCGAACCCUAAAAUCCUUCUUCUGAUUCGUUCAGUUAGUUGUAGAUUUGUGUGCUGACGGAUGCCCUGCUAAUCCAAUACAUCGAUCCGUGGCCUGUCUAGAUUUUUGUUCUUGAAAACGGGCAAGGUCGACAUGAGUUGACAGUGUACGAGUUCUUGCUUUCUUGUUAUCUAAUCAAGGUGUUGGUGCAGCUUGUUUACCAAAAUUUAGGGGGUCACGUGAAGCCUGUCCCUGCUUCAGGAGGGGCGAAUGUUCCUUCUUCCAAAUUCCCAGUUCGCGAUGUUUUUUCCCCUUAUGGAUGGUCAAUGGUGCAGUAGCUGGCGUCAAAUACUUUUAGAAUAGAGCCUUUUCUAUCUGAUGUACCAAUGCUAGAAUAAAACUCAUUUGUUCAUAACUGGAUCCCUCAAGCAAUAGUAGUUCUUAAUCUUCUACCUUUGUUGAAUUGUGAAAUAUGACACUGUGCUUGCGCUAGUUUGAAGUCCAACCCAGGAGUGAUUAGUGGUGUUCAGCUCAGUACCGUAGUUCUGCUUUGAGCAUGUUUGGUGUCCGGUGUCCAUUUUCGUCUGCCUCAAUCUGAAUCUUUAUGUUUACCUUUUUUCCCCACUUUCAGCAUAAUCCAAAUUCUAUUUGACAUGUUACCUUUUUCAUCCAUACCUGUGAUUUGGAUUUAUGACUUAUCUUGCUGUAAUUUCCUUUGACCUGAUUGUUUAGUCGUGUUGAAGAAUGUAGUAUCUGUGGUAGCAUGGCCAUGAGAAGCCAGUGAUUUUGAGUUUUCUUUGUCGUUAUUUUUCUAAGUUAGUUCCGCUUAAUAUAUCAUGAUCAAGGCCAGUUAUUUAAUUCUUAGAAGCGGUCUGUGCUUCUGUUAAGUUUCUAUUUGCAGAAAUCUAGCUUUUACUACCAUGCCCAAUUAUGUCUAAUAGGCACGGAGAACAAUCACUUUAGAAGACUUGUACUCCUUGGCGUGUCAUACUCUUUGUAACAAUCUUACCAUUCUUGAGAAGAGGUACAUCUGUCCGUCAGCAAUGUCCAUAGAAGAGAGGAAGAUAAGUGUGAUAAGCAAGAGCAUUGCGCUAAAUCCAAAUGCAGAGGAAUUUGUUCCUUCAUCCCUUAGAUCUGUCAAUGAUUCCUCCAAGAGAUCAUAUGCAACUACGGUUGUCUCAGGGAUAUCUAAAGAAUCCAGCACUGACAAGCCAGAGUCAAUUUUACGAAGUAACUCUGAUGAAGAAGCACAUCAGUACUGGCAGCAACAGCUCCCUGACGACAUUACCCCUGAUUUCAAAGUCAUGGGACAAGAUGAAAGUCCUGGACCUGACAGUCUAUCACUCACAGACCUGUCCAUAAAUGAUGGCAUUGGCACAUCAAUAUUUUCUCCGAACCAGACACUGAGCAUGCAGCACCGUGCUUCGCCUUUUAUCAGGGACAAACUAAAUACACACCCAAAGAUUAACUUGUCUAUCCCAACUUAUAUGGAUGAACGGUCCCAAGCCACAAUUUUGAGUCCAACUGCAGGUUCCAUGAGUCCAAAUGCUGCUCCAUGGGUGAAGACUCUAAGGAAUGGGGGACAUUAUAACACAAGCAUAAGGGAUGCCAGUCAGUACAAUGGAGAUUCUAGCAUUGGAGCUUCAUUGCACAACCUUACUGAUGCAUAUCAUGGAAGCAGGCGCAGCUUAAGCUCGACUAUGGAUAUCAUGAAUCAGCUGGAGAGUAAAGUCGAUGGACGACGCAGUCAGAACCUCAGGUCACUAUCAUUUGGAAAUUCAAGUCCUACAUCACCAGCAUCAUAUGCCCAAAAUGGUCUUGGAAACUAUGGUAAUGAAGCUUUUUAUCUGCCAAACAGUCCAUAUAGAUCUCAUUCAGCUAUACUCACAGAUUAUAUUGUUUCAUCUUCAGCUGGACGUGAACACGUAUCCCUCGAUGUUCCUAGAGGAAGGUACAAGACGACUAGUUUGCCUGUUCCUGGUCUUGGUUCAAGCAGAGGUUAUCAGUUGUUGGGUGGCUCAUAUAAUGGAAACCAUGAUAUGAUCUCAACCAAUACCCCACAAAACAUGGCUGGAAUUCAGACAGGACCAGCUUGGCUUGAAAGUGACGCUGAGGCAAGCACAUAUUUGGAAUCAAAGGAUGAAGUUCAUGAUUUUGCAAGCCUGCGACAUGCAGUUCUUGAACAGGAGCUAUACAGUAUACAAAGCCUGUUGGCUCAGGAGAAGGCUAGAGAAACAACAUAUCGACAAAGAUUACAAACACCACAAUUGCAAGGCCUCAUCCAGGAGCAAAAUCCCCCAAUCGAUCUCUGUGGUCUUCACAUCAGCGAGGCAAUACACGUCCUGAACUACGAGCUCAACAACCGAAGAAAGAUCGUGAGAUCAACCGGUCGCCGACUCCAGGUGCAACCAGGCCUGCUCCGCAUCCUGCUCUAGUAAUGGAACUGGUCGUCCUAGCUGUUGUUCACAACUGGAUCAGAUGAAAAAGAAGGGAAAAAGAAAAGAAAAGAAAAGAUAAGUUGACCUGUACUUUUGUAUAUGGCAGAGAUUGCUAGCAGGAUAGUAGCGUUAAGAACUUAAGAUAGCUCAUGUAACAUUCAUGUCAGGCUUUUUGUCAGCAAAUGUAUACGUCUUAAAAUUUGGGAGUUAGGGAAUAUUCUCGUUGUCUUUGGUGCCGGUGGAUGCACACGGCAUAGCGUCUUCACAGAAUCACAAUCAUAUUCUCGAUCACAAUCUUCGGUGCUGGUGGAUGCUUAAGUUCUGUUCCUGCUGGUGAAUUCAAAUUGUGAGUAAUGCCUGGUCGAUGCAUUAGUUCUUCACAAUAGUCGAUUCAAAUUGUGCGUUGUUAGAUUAUUGUUUUGUAUUUUGUCUAAGUGUAAUGGGCAUUGGUUAGUCUA